AUAGCUAACACUAGUGAAUAUGAUCUCUUGAACUAGUUCAUGAUCUCUCCACUAGUCACUUUGGGGUCAUGCACCUUCACCUGGGCAGGGCAGAUGACUGAGAGCAUGAACUUUGAGUCUUGAGAGAGAUGUUCUAGCGAUGUCUGACAAAGAUGGCAUGGAAAGUCCGAAAGCAGGUGCCUCCCAGAGUGAUGAGAAUAGACAGAGCGUGGAAGGAGCUGGAUCCGUGGAGAGCAGCCGUAGGGAAGAGGGUGAACCUGUGACUUUGACUCGGAAAAGACCUGAAGCCAAACCCUCCAGCGAGCCUCUUCCUGCAGAAGAGCCGGGGGAUCACGUCCACAAAGGCUCUGACUCCACUGGCGCGUAUCAGACAGGAUGGAGAUACUGGGGGAGCUGGGGGAAGACGUUUCUUUCCACGGCCUCUGCCACAGUAGCUACCGUAGGACACGGCAUUUCGAAUGUCCUCGAAAAAGCAGAGACGUCCCUUGGGAUCCCCAGCCCUAGUGAAAUCACAUCAGAGGGCAGAGUUGUGGCAGGAGGGAGCCAGAGUUCUGAAGCAAGCAGUUCAGCCACAGUCGAUGACGGCAGUUCCUCGCCCAUCAGUGGAACUUUUGGAGUUUUAUCCACUCUCUCUACAGCUGUUCAAAGCACAGGGAAGAGUGUUAUUAGUGGAGGUUUGGAUGCCUUGGAAUUCAUUGGGAAGAAGACAAUGGAUGUGAUAGCUGAAGGGGACCCUGGAUUCAAGAAAACAAAGGGUUUCAUGAGCAGGAAUUCCACACUAUCACAGGUCCUGCGAGAGGCAAAGGAGAAAGAAGAGCAGCGGACAGCUACCGAGGUUACCAUGGCUACUGAGAAGAAAGCCCAUUAUGGGUUACUCUUUGAUGAGUUUCAGGGUCUUUCACAUCUGGAAGCUUUGGAGAUGCUUUCCAGAGAGAGUGAUUCAAAGGUGAAGUCGGUUAUAAACGCUCUCUCCGGAGAAGAGUUAGAGGUGUUAAAAGGGGAGCUGGAGCAGCUCAAAGAAGCAUUUUCACUAGCUGAAUUUUAUGAUGAUGAAGAGGAAGAAAAGAAGGGAGAUGAAGAUUUCACAAAGGAAAUAACUUCACUGUUCUCCGAGCUGCACGUCUCCACAAAGCCGGACAAACUAGCCACGGCAAGGAAAUCUGCCCAUGAAUGGAUUGAAAAACUCAACAGCAGAGCUCCAAGAGAGGAGGAAAAGAGUGAAGAAAACCCACCGUUGGAUUCCGGGGAUGCUGAGCAGGACGUUAAAAUAUCAGUAGAGGAUAUUCAUGCGUUUGCCAUUAGAAGUCUGGCUGAGCUGACCGCCUACGCCAUUGAAAUGUUCCACAAAACUGCAGCCUUGGUCCUCCAUGGUCAGCAGCAAGAGGUGUCAGCCCCUGGCCGAGCCAAAGCCCUUUCCCAAAUGACUAUUGUGCUGUGUAAGGAAUUGUCUUGUCUAGCUAAGGAGUUCACUACGUGCUUAACGACGGCUGGGGUCAAAGAGAAGGCUGAUGUGCUUAACCCCUUAAUCACCGGAGUGUUUUUGGAGGCUUCGAACAGCGCGUCAUAUAUCCAAGAUGCUUUUCAACUACUCCUGCCGGUGCUACAGAUCUCUCUUAUCCAGGCUCGAACUGAAUUAUCACAGCAGUAACUGAAUCCCGCUAAUCGAGCAGAAACCAGAUCUGCCCGCUCAGUCGUUCUCUUGCCUGGGAAUGGGGUUGGGACAGAAAAUAAACAAAGCUUUGGUCACUGUCACUACACGGUUGGGAUGAUAAAAUACUGACUGGCCAGGUCUUAGCUGUACAAUUUGUCAAAAGACGUGAGGAUGCUGUUCUCGUAGUCUGGGCAAUCUGUCAGGUUAAAAGUGCAGGUGGUUUCUUAGGGUAUGUCUGCAUUUAAACCGCUACAGCAGUGUAUCUCCAGCUUUGUAAUACAUGAGCAUAGCUACUUCCUACGCUGAUAGUAGGGCUUUUCCCAUCAGUCUCCUCCCCAAGAGGCACUAGCUAGGUCGAUGAAGAAUUCUUCCAUCAACCUAGCUACGUUUCUAGGGGUGUGAAAAAUCCACACUCCCAAGAGCCAUAGCUGUGCUGAUGUAAAUUCCCAGUAGAGACCAACCCUUAGUUUGGCUGACUAACCAGUCACUUUUCUCUCUACUCUGAGUAUGUUAAUGAGCUCUUUCAGGAAGGGCUAUUUUGAAGAAAAGUGAAGCUAAAUCACUCCAGAGGAAAGAUUAGGGUAGCUGCUUAAGGGAUAACUCCAGGAGAGUUUGAAUUUCGAGACACAUGCUUAUAUUCCUGCUAAGUGUGUGCUGGAUAUGGGAUACAACAAGGAUCAGGGUCUCAAGAAUGAUUUUGGCUUUGAAAAAACAGAAUCUAAGGCCUUGAAGCUCUGUAUAUAUAAAAGCAGCUGGUUGGUGAAGGGUGCUAAUCUCUUACUUACACCUCCUGUGCCUUGUACUGAGUGCUUGGAUGGGACCUGGAAAUAUUGUCUAAGACUAUCUUGCAAGAUGUUUGCUUGGGGAAAAGAGUUGCAGAAAGGGGGUUACAGGUAGGCCUAUGAGUGAGAAGAGAGCUGUAACGGAGCUGGUUUGUCCAGAAAAACAGGGUGCAUGGCCCUGUAGAAAUACGUGAAAAGCAAUCAGAUGGGAUGGGUUCCUUUUCAAAUGAUUAAGUGAGCAGAGCAUUUCGUGUUCCCUGUCAGUGCAACGCGACACGUUUGUCACUGUGUGUGUGAAUUGUCAUUUGUCACGUACCACUGAAGGGCUUGCUCAGGCAAUUGUGUAAAAUGACACACUGCCCUGUUUCCUGUCACAGUCAGAGGCUAUUAGACCACGCCAGAGAAAACAGUUUGGCAUUGGCCCUGGGACGCCUUGUCUGCCCCAGUAGUGGCUAUUCUACACAAAGUGUCGUUUUUGUUGUGCUUUCAUAGACCUUUCUUAUUCUGUUAGUUUUUUGCACUCCUUGCUGGAUGGAAACUGCCUCUUCUGCACCAAGCGGGAAAGAGAGAGGUGGCUUAAAUGGAAUAAGAAAGGAGGCUAAGGAGAGGAGAUUGUCAGACCUGCCUUCCUCAACGUUGGCUUCUCACGAACGAUGCAUCUCUAGUCCCAGCCGUAGACUUCUCCAGGUUUUAGCAGGUCUUGCAAAUCUCUACUCGUGGGGUUUGUGCUUCCCUGGUCUCUGUUCCUCUGAUGGUUGGAGAUGGUUGGUUGGUGUGUUAACUCUGGAAUCAGCCGUUUGCUACGAGCUUCUCCUAUUUUGUAUAGUUGGACAAGCCCUUGCUUCAGCUUUGGUUGAACGAUCAAAUCUGUGGAUGUAUUGACUUGUCUAAUAAUAAAGCCCUCUAUAGAAUAAGUGUUCAAUCUU